UUUGUGAUGAAACAAAAUAUCUGAUUCUUCGCCCAUCUUCAAAAAAAGAAAAAAAAUAUCUGAUUCUUCGCUCAUUCUUUUGUGCUCCUUCCCACACCAACCAGCGACUAAGGAAGAAGGUACCCCGAUCUUCCUUCGGCUAUGGCAACAUUCUACUUUAUCUUCUGCUCUAUUCACCUCAUUUUUUAUUAGGGUUUUCAUCCAUUCUUCAUCUAUUAUCCUCUUCCAUAUUUAUUCAUUCUAUAAUCAGGUAUCUUUGGUUACCAGAUUUGUAUUUCAAUUAUCAAGGGAGAAAUUGAGGAAUUCACAUUUGUUUUGAUAUUAAUAUAUUGAUUACUAGUUAGUAGUGACUUAUUGUGGAUGUGCUAAAUUCUUAGGUUUUGCAAUCGGAUUCUGUUAGGAUUUAGGAAAGGAAUGUUUUGGCUUUAAAGGGUUUAAAAUGCAAUUGGCAUCUUUUUCAAAGCUGAAUUCUGCUUGUCGGUCUUCGUUUAGAAAAGGUUUUAUUGGACGGUGUUUGUCUAGGGAGCAAAAUAACUUUUGCUUUGUAGGUAAAAUUCUCAACAAGAGUUGUAAUUGCAAUUCUGUUAGGUCUUAUUGUUGUCAUAGGAUAAAUCAAUAUCUAGUAAAACCGACUUCUGUGGUUGUCUCUUGUCGUGUUUCAAGGAAUCCGAUGGCCACUUCAGGGUCUCAAACUGUCGGUGGAGAUGUGUAUGUAGAUAACGUGUUUAUGGGAUGUGGGAAUGUCGUAGAUUAUGCAAAGCCAGCCUCUGUUUUCUUUGGUGAUAUAAGUGCUAAUAGUUGUCGAAAAGCUAGUGUUAGUUUGAGGAUUCGAGAUUCUACUUUUGUUCGUAUUGGUGCCCCUGGUAUAGGUUACAGGAGUUGGGACUCUAGGGUGUUUCUUGGACAAUGUUUGAGGCCUUAUCAUGCGUCAUCUUCUGCGAGUUAUUCUGAUGGAGCUUCUGCUGAUGUCCCAUUCGACAUUACUACUAGGGACGUGCAAUCACGUGAAAAUGCUGCAGAUACCCCUGUCUGUAAACACGAGGAUCAGCUAUCCUUGAAGCUUCAUUCAGCAUCAUGUUACCUGCCACAUCCAGAUAAGGUGGCUACUGGAGGGGAGGAUGCUCAUUUCAUUUGUGAAGAAAAAAAAGUGAUUGGAGUUGCAGAUGGUGUUGGUGGAUGGGCAGAUGUUGGUGUUGAUGCUGGAUUUUAUUCUCGAUUACUUAUGUCUAAUUCUGUAACAGCUAUUUUGGAGGAUUCUAAUAAUGGAGUAGAUCCGGCUAAAAUAUUGGAGAAAGCUCAUGCUGAAACUAACGUUAUAGGUUCUUCAACAGCUUGUAUAAUUGCUCUCACAGAUAAGGGGAUCCAUGCUAUUAAUCUUGGGGAUAGUGGAUUUAUAGUAAUCAGAGAUGGAACUACAGUUUUUCGGUCCCCUGCGCAGCAGUAUGGCUUCAAUUUUCCUUAUCAGCUGGCAAGUGGCACUGGGGGUGAUUUACCCAGUUCUGGUCAGGUUUUCUCAUUUUCUGUUGCCGCUGGAGAUGUUAUAGUAGCUGGUACAGAUGGAUUAUUUGACAACUUAUAUGACAAUGAGAUUUCUGCAUUAGUGGUCCAAGCGAAGAGAGCAGGUUUGGAGCCUCAGGUGAUGGCACAAAACAUAGCCACUCUUGCUCAACAAAGAGCUCUGGAUCGUCAACGACAGACACCUUUUGCCGCAGCGGCACAUGAUGCGGGGUUUCGUUAUAUCGGAGGAAAGCUGGAUGAUAUUACUGUUGUUGUAUCCUACAUCACUGCUGAGAAUAAUGAUUUGCAGUUUCUACUUGGGGUGCUUGGUAUGAACCACAUUGCAGAAACAAGGUCGUAUCAUAUCGGCCGUAUCGGACCAAUAUAACCUGUAGCGUAAAGGUAUAAAAAAACCACGUUUUAGUACAUAUUGUAUUGGCUAUAUCGAUAACCGCAUCACCCUUUAUUGUAUUACCGUGUCUGUUUCUGCAAACCUGCCGUUACCAUUCUUUUUGCACCAUAAUGAGCUUUUUAGAUUUCAAAAUUAUGGAUUUCACUUAACUCAUUCGAUUAUUUAGUAUUUGUUAUGAGAUUUGGUUAGCCCACUCACAAGGGUAAUAGAUAGACCCUCAAAUUAUUACCACUCAUUUCUCACUAUAAACUAAUCCUCUCCUUUUGUUUUCUCUUUCUUUUCUGUCCCUUACAUCUUUUUGUACCAAACAGUUAAUUAUGAUAUCACCUAACACUACCCUUAUCUUUAUUUAUGC